UUACUGUUCGGCUCACUGCGAUCACAUACCAUCCAGCAUCACAUGGCACUGUUCUUUCUUCAGAAGUGCCUUGGGUUGGAUUAUUUCAAAUCCUUUAGAGAAUGACCUGGAGCCAGAUGGCAAAACACUGGAGAAAGCCAUGAGUGCGUACCAAAGAGCACAAGGCUGUUGGAUAGCGGCUCAACCUGGAAUGGAUGACAUCUUCGGGUGACUUUUCGUUGUACAGCUACGAUUGCUUUUGUGAUGGCGACCAGUGGCAGUACCAAUACGUCUUCCACGCUGAGAGCGUUCACCCCUGGUCAUCACCCAGCUUGUCGCGGGUCAACAGUGUGCCAGACCUGUUGGAGCUGCUAUCUGGCGACAAGGAGGCCACCACGAAAUUCGUGGUGGGCAUCAUCGCUUUAUUGGCCGGGAACUUGAUCGCCAAGGGUCAACUUGCUGAGCUGCUGAGUUUCAUCGUUUUCUUCCUGGCUGUUGGCGUCCUCCAAUGGCCCCUGGCGGCCAAAAGUGCCGCGGGGCUCUUGGUUUGUUACUUCUUGAGCUCUCUGCACGAUGGCGUCUCCCUGGAAUGGGCGGUCACGGUGUUCGUGGUGAUGUUCUUGGCGGUGCUGGCCGUGAUGCUGAUCCGCAUGUUGUCCAAGCAGGACCCACGGAGCUACGUCCUGUUGAAGGACUCAGCGGACUCACGGCCGUGCAGUUCAUCCUCAUCGUCCUCAUCGUCCUCAUCGUCCAUCCGAAAUGCCUGCCAUAUGGAUGUGAAAGUCCUUUGUUUCCACCGGGACGACCGUGUGCAGUUCAUCCCCAAGGGUGGUUUGUUGCCUUCCAACUCAGUGGUGCGGCGGAACCAGGAGAUCCAACUGAAGGAUGGAGACCAGGGCCCCCUAACGGUGAAGAUCUUCGCCCCCUUCGAAACGGAGCUGGGCACCUGGAGCAACGUCCAGGGCGCCUACGUCUUACGUGCCACGGCACCGCCGGUGACCAUCAAACCCGGGAGGCCAUGUUUCCGGAAUCUGAGCGAACACAACGUGGUGGUUUGUUGCAGUGCUUACGACUGGCGCUGCUCUUUGUGGCUUCCCCUAUCCCAACUGGUGGCACGACUGCUGACACCGGGCAUCGUGGUGAAGUCCAAUGCUGAGAUCUCGUUGACACAGCAUUUGCAGCACCUGCAGCACGUGCAGCACGAGCACGUGGCAUGGGAUCCUGAUGGCCGUGGCCAUGGCUUUGAUCAGUUUACAGGUGAGAAAGACCAGAAAGACCUGACAGGUGAAACUGGUGAAAGCUUCCAAAGUGAAACAGCACCAGGUAUACCAUCCAUUCCAUCCAUUCCAUCCACCAAACCAGGUGAUGUUUGCAGUGAUUCCGAUUUUUCUCGCAAGUUGGUGCUACGAGUUUACGGCGGCCUGGUGGGUUCCCUGGGACUUUGGGGCGGCGUAUUGGAGAAGGCGUGUUGCAUGGUGGAGCUCAACGAGCAGAUCGACUACGAUGGCGGCAUCAGCUGGUCCACACCCUGGCGCAACCGGGGGCCCUUCAACAGCAUCAUUUCCUCAUGGAAAAGCAGAGAAAGCAAUUGGAGAGAACAAAAAGGUUUUUGA